GUAAGGGUUCAUUCUUUUUAUUUAAUGCUUCUUACAUCCCUGCAUCUCGUGCAGCAGCUCAUUAGUGCCGGGAUUCCUGAGCAAGUGUCAAAUUGGCAUGAAAUGAUGAGUGCUACCAAUAGAAGUGGCUUUCCUCUCUCAUUGGAGUGGUGGCAUUAGGGAGGAUUUUGGACAGCUCUCAUGGAAACGCCCGUGAAAUGUUACUGGGAAGAGGAAUUGGGUUUUGCCUUGGAAAGGACUUCUAGAUUUGGCCUUAAGAAUGGUAUCAGCCUGAAGGGUGUCUUCUGCCUUAACGUGCUGUUUCCAGUACACCAAAACACUAAGCAACGUGUUAGAAAAGGAAGUGGAUCCCGUACUCAGUGUAAUUUAUGGAGGAGACCUAAAGUAGGCAAAAUGUGAUACCCACUUUGGAAAUCUGGGGGAUUAGCACCUGUGCCACUGGGAGAGGUGUCACUGGGCAGCCUUCGCCCUGUGCCCGAUGGGGAAGGCACUGCUCUCAGAGGUGUAGUGUUUCCUGAUGGCAGUAUUGACCAAUGAUAUAUUUCUACUUAGAAGAAAGCUUGCUUUUUAAAUCCCUGUCAGUGUUCUCAGUACUCCUCUUUUCCAUCCUGAGAGGCCUUCAUGGGUUGACCCUACUUAACUCAGCAGAUCUGGCAAGACCAGGGCCCAAGAUGGGCCUGGCUGCGGAUCGUGGAAAUACAAGAAGGUGACCAGGGGCUUUAUUUACAGUCAAGAAAUUAGCAAGCGAUUUGUAAGCACUGAAUGGACAGCUUCUGUGACCCAAACAGCAUGGUUUGGGAGAAUAACAUGCCGGCUACUGGAGAGCAUUGAUUUAUUUGAUAACAUCAGGAAACCAUUUAUGGACUCUAUUAUGGACAGCACUUGCUGGGGGUUAGAGCUGCGAGAGCAGAUAGAUUGAUGUGUGGGUCUGCUGUUGUGCUUGCUACUGCAUAAUAUAAAAUAAGGAUGGCCUCUGAAAUACCGAGGGGGCAAACAGAAGCACUAUGUUCUUGGCUUGGUUUGUUUUUUAUUUUUACAUUUGCCAUUUCUUUGAUUCUUAAAUUUUUUGACUCUGGUGUACCAACCUGCGGUUUGUGGCUUUUUAAUUGAGGUUAACAGGGCUUUGGACACCAUGGUUCUUGUUACAGAACCCAGCAGUGUGAAGCUUCGUCUCACAGAUGUGGUUUUGCUGCAGACUCCGGUGGAGCAUGACUGAGACUGGGCUCCAACCCGCUAGGAUUUGGGUUUCACAGCUUCUCACCUGCGGCUUCUUUCCUAUGAAAGAUACAUUCACGGUCAUAAGGUGAGGACUUGAUUUGAUGGCCCCUGAAAUGACAGUUCAAAGUAGGAAAAGGAUGAACCUGAGAUGUGUUUUUUCAGCCAAUAUCUGGUGACAGUGCAAGUAACAUCCAUGAUAGAGAGAGGCCGGUGGGGAUGUACAGAGCAGGGCAUUGCAUCGCUCCUGGGCAGGACGUGAUGUGCUGGGGAACCCUUGCGAUGGAGAGAGGGAUGGACUCACUGCCUCUUCCCAACUUGAGAGCUUGGUCUUAACCAGGAUCUGGCAUUUGGGAGAGCUUGUAGGUCAUGCAGCAGGUGACCUUGCACUGGCCCCCCUGCAGUAUUCAGGUUUUAGGACCUCACUAAACGUGGUGAAAUCCCCCCUCUGUCUGCAGUCCUGGUUUUGAGACAUCUGAGAUGUGAUGGAAAUUAUAAAGAAAAAUAACUUCAAAAUGGGGCUCCCCCAAGCACCUCGCAGGCAGCAUCAACUCCACCCAUGCGCUGGGGGCAAUCCAUGCACGUGGAGAUGCACUGAAAUUCUCAUAAAAUUCCCCUAGAGAACGACCAUCUCCUCUGGGUCUCAAUGGGGGACGCACCAGCUGCACUGAAAUGUCAGAAGGGUUUGCACAGCUGACACGUUGCUGAAAAUGGAGCAUGGCAGCAUCUCCAUAAAUUCUCUUUAUCCAGCCAAGUGCAGCUUAAUAUAGACUUAGCGGUGCUGCCCGUCUGCUGCACUGUGACCGAGAGCUGCCGCCGCUCAUGACCAAAACACAAAGCCUUCGAUUUAACCAAAUGAGCUACUGCUAGGGGGGAAAAAAGUCAAAUUUAUCUUCCUCUUUAGUUUUAUAAAGUAAUAGGGGAAGGAGGGAGCGAGCAAACAUGUCCGAACUCGGCCAAACGUCGGACGAAGACGUGUCCCCCGAGGACAUCAAUGAAGACGAAAUCCUGGCGAACCUCUCCCCCGAGGAGCUGAAGGAGCUGCAGAGCGAGAUGGAGGUGAUGGCCCCCGACCCCGAGCUCCCCACAGGGAUGAUACAGAGGGAUCAGACGGAGAAACCCCCAACGGGCAGCUUUGACCACCGCUCCCUGGUGGACUACCUGUACUGGCAGAAGGCGUCCCGACGCAUGCUCGAGGACGAGAGAGUUCCCGUCACCCUCCUGCCCUCCGAGAGAAUGGCUGCAGAGGAGAUGGGAGACAGCUGUGGUGGCCCCGGAGACACAGGCAGCAGGAGGGGGCCAGAGGCUGAUGGAAAGGAGCGGCACUACAAAAAUGAGAGCGUGUCACAUGCAGUAACACAGCCUGGGGAGACGAACAGAGAUGGAAACAAUGAGGAGGGAGAGGAGGAGGAGGGGGAGGAGGAUGAGGAAGAUGAAGGUGAAGAGGAGGAUGAUGGAAGUGAGUCAGAAACAAAGGAAACUUGUGUUAAUGAAAACCAUCGCAGUGAUCAAACAAGCAAGCAACCAGGUACUGAAUCAGGGGAAACCACAGAAAAGCCAGAUGAAAAUGAAAAGAAAAUCUCAAAAUUAAACAUCCCCAAAAAGUUAGCGCUGGAUACCAGCUUCAUGAAGCUCAGUGCCAGGCCAUCAGGAAAUCAAACCAACUUAGAAGAGAGCUUGGAGAAAGUCCGAAAAAACAAUCCAGAGAUGAAGGAACUCAACCUGAACAACAUAGAGAACAUCCCCAAGGAAAUGCUGAUUGACUUUGUCAACGCGAUGAAGAAGAAUAAGAACAUAAAAACAUUCAGCUUGGCCAACGUGGGAGCCGACGACAACGUCGCGUUUGCGCUGGCCAACAUGCUGCGUGAGAACAGGAGCAUCACCACGCUCAAUAUCGACUCCAACUUCGUCUCUGGGAAGGGCGUUGUGGCCAUCAUGAGGUGCCUGCAGUACAACGAGACGCUGACGGAGUUCCGCUUCCACAACCAGAGGAGCAUGCUGGGCCACCAGGCCGAGAUGGAGAUCGCCAGGCUGCUGAAGGCCAACACCACCCUGCUGAAAAUGGGCUACCACUUCGAGCUGCCGGGGCCCAGGAUGGUGGUGACCAACCUGCUGAGCAGGAACCUGGACAAGCAGAGGCAGAAGAGGCAGGAGGGACAAAGGCAGCAGCAAAUGAAGGAGCAGAGGGAGCUGAUCACCAUGCUGGAGAACGGACUGGGCUUGCCACCUGGGAUGUGGGAGAUGCUGGGGGGGCCGCUGCCCCAGCCCAGGCCGCAUGAAGCUCCCCCAGCACCCAAACCGCCCAUCCCCACCUCAGCACCUCAGGGACGGGGGAAAGAAAGCGCGCGGCCUGCGGCCCCCGAGCAGCGGCGUGGGGCUGAGCCCAGCUUCAGGGUGAUCAAACUGAAGAAGAUCCAACGCAAACCUGCAGUGCCCGAGUACGUGGAGCCCACUGAGAAAACCAACCUCAAGGACGUGAUCAAGACGCUGAAGCCGAUCCCCAGGAGAAGGCCCCCUCCUCUCGUCGAGAUAACACCGAGAGAUCAGCUGCUGAACGACAUUCGUCAGAGCAACGUCGCUUACCUGAAACCGGUGCCAUUACCAAAGCAGCUGGAGUGAGAGACCCAAAGCAAACAACUCAGAGCAAAGACUGUUCAAGUUUUGCUUACAGUUGUUUCAGCAGAAGCUUUCUGCAGAACCCAGGUGGUGUAUGUGACUCUUUGGGAACAAAGCUUGCGAUAUGCACUUCUCUAAGUGUGAUGGAAAAGGCUGGCAUGGGAAAAAUCAGCGCUAGGAGUUUCCAUCAGGUAUCAAAAUCCCAGUGCCAUCUGUCUGCCAAAUGGAUUCGAGGCUCCAGUUUGUUGUGGGAGGAUUUCCUCAGAGACAUCAAUAACCUUAAGUCUUUCUAGUUUGUCAGUAAACUAUUUUGCUUCCA